AUGGCCGGAGGAGGAACCCACGGUUCGAGGGAGCUCGACCAGACUCCGACAUGGGCCGUUUCCUUCGUUUGCUCCGUCAUCGUUAUUAUUUCCAUCAUUUUGGAAAAAACCCUUCAUAAAAUCAGAGAGGGUCAUAUACCUAUUAUAUCUGUCAAUGGUCUACAUCAGCUCCACAUCUUCAUAUUCUUUCUUGCUAUAUUCCACGUCUUUUAUAGCGCUAUAACGAUGAUGCUCGGCAGGAUGAAGAUUCGUGAAUGGAAAGAAUGGGAACGAGAGAUUGCAAAUAAUACUAACGAAUCCAUUGAUUCUGCUCAGUUUAGGCUUACGCACGAGGAUUCGUUUGUGAAAGGGCAUACUAGUCCAUGGACAAAACACCCUGUCCUUUUCUACAUUGUGCAUUUGGCCCCGGGAACUAAGUUCAACUUUCAGAAGUACAUCAAAAGAUCAUUAGAAGAUGACUUCAAAGUGAUCGUCGGAAUCCCGCCUCUUUUAUGGACUGCUGCAGUCGUAUAUCUGCUAGUGAACGUUAAUGGUUAUUCUCGAUCUCAAGCUAUGUUUUGGCUGUCAGUUAUGCCCCUAGUGAAUGCAUUUGAGAUAACUUAUUUCAUCUGGAUAACGUAUGAAUUUGGGUUGUAUUCUUGCUUCCAUAGCUUUUUCCUUCUAGCCGUUAUUAGAAUCUGUAUUGGGAUUGGAGUUCAGUUUUUGUGCAGCUACAUUACCCUUCCACUCUAUGCACUUGUGACACAGAUGGGAUCGCAUAUGAAGGCGGCAAUUUUUGAUGAGCAAACUUCGAGGGCGUUAAUGAACUGGCAUAAAAAAGCAAAGAAAAAGAAAGAAGGUUCCCAGGGACGGGCCCGCAAAUUAGGAGGAAGCCGCGAAAAUUCACCGGAGAAAGAUUCUCCGGCUGCCACCGAACCGACGGACGAGACUCCUCCGGCCACCGGAGAAGAUACAUCUUCAUGA